AGCCAGGAGGCUGCGCGCGCAGCUUCACUGUCACAGGACUACAUCCUUCUUCGGGGGGUGGAAGAGCGAGUUUCCUUGCAGCAGCAUCGGGACUAUGACGAUUUAGCCGUAUAGUCCAUCAGCCUUGCUUUUGUCAGCAAUCAUAUCCGUAGUUUCUGUUCACUGCUUGAUUUACAGUGAUUUGGCUUAGACGUCAACGUGUAUCUUCAGGACACAGUCAGAAACUGUCGCGGUGUCGCUCGUCUUGAGGGAAAACGAGCAAUUUAUGGUGCUGUGCGGAUGCAUGAAACGGAGACGGAGAGAAGCCUGGAAUAAUGCGUGAUUAAGGAUAUCCCCAAUAGCUUGCUGUUAUUUUGUGGCUGGACCAGAAAACAAACCAAAGGGACUGGAUAAACACAGCCCCUCGAAAAGUAAAGGAAUACCAUGCAUUUGUCACCCACCAGCAGCUGAAGAAUAUCUUGAUAACCAGAGGCCAUGGAGGACCCCUACAAGGACAGCACUCCUGUGGACAUGGCAAGCACGCAAGGUGACAUGUGCUCCACUGGAGGAGCGGGAGGAGAUGGAAUCCGAAAAUUAGAAGAUGAGGGGAAUCCGGUCAUUCCUAUUGAGGCAUGGAAUGUUGGUUCCCCAACCUUGACCAAGAGGUCCCUCUCCCCUAUGUUAGGUGUCCCUGGUACGCCUGUUGUGACGCAGACAGCUGACUCGCCAGGAGGAGUUGCUCUCAAAAUGGCCGCAACGGUUCUCCAACCCAUCUGCCUGGGGGAGAGUCCAGUGGUGUUGCCCAUCCUGACAGGAGCAGCGGCCCAACAAACAGGCACAGCACCGUACUUGGUCACCGCCCAAGGUCCUGUUUCCCUGCAUCUGGGUCUGGAGCAGCAGCUCUUCCAACACCUAACGCCACAGAUUCUGUCGCAAGCAGGCUCCUGCCCGACCCUCUCCUUUCCAAACAACAUCCUGUGUCAGAAUGCCUCGGCAGCACUCGGACCACCCCCACCUUUGGAUCAGAAAGGAGCAGCUCCCAUGUUGGACCAGAGCCUGCUCACCCUUCUCCAGAACCCCAACUUUGCUGCUAUCCUGCAGGACCUUUUCCCUUCCCAGGCUAACCCUUCGCCCGCAUGUCAUUCUGCUGGCUCCCCCCAACCAGACCCUUUCUCGACUGGAUUCUUCCCACCGCCGCCCCUUCCCCACCCCUACAGCUCCCCCUUAGCUCCCCUGGUGCCUCCAGCCACCUUGCUGGUCCCCUAUCCCAUCGUUGUCCCUCUACCAGUGCCUCUUCCAAUCCCUGUUCCCAUUCCUAUCCCUGUCCCACAGGCAGAGGACUCCAAAAUGGCUGCAGAUCCCCCAAAGCCAGUGUGCACUUUGAGCCAGGGCACGCAGACUUCAACAAAAGAUUUUGCCCUCAGCAUGCCUUCACCUAGUGUCGAGACUGGCUCUUUCCUGCAACCAUCCCCUUCCACAUCUUGUCUUUCUGCCCCAGAAGGAGAGGCUCUUGACCUAUCCAUCCGAGCACCGCCCAUACAGACAAAACAGGAGGCCCCUUGUCAGCAAGAUAGUGUCCUUGACCUGUCAGUUGGUGGUGUUAGAAAGUCCUGUAUCCAGUCCUGCAGUUCAAAUGGGAGCAUGGAGGGUGAGCGAGAUCGUACUCGUCUCUCAGGUGAGGCCAUGGGAGCCAUAUCUUUAGGGAUGUUGCGGCCAGUGGAGUGCUCUCCCAAGCUGGACUCAAAGCUCCUGAGUGGCCUGGCAUCCUUGGAGUUUAGUCGGCAUCACAAGUGGGUUGUGGAUAGUGGCGGCAGUAGCUCAAUGGCUGGUACAGUCCAUGAUGCGACACUUGGUGCAGGCGGGAACAUCGAGAUUGUCAGCACUUCACAGACAGCCAAGGUCAUUGUGUCCGUGAAGGAUGCUAUGCCAGCCAUCUUCUGUGGUAAACUGAAGGGUCUCUCUGGUGUCUCCACCAAAAACUUCUCCAUCAAGCGGGAUGCUGGGUGCCAGGGUGGCUAUGCUGCCCUACCCAGAGUCCCAGGAGAUCAGCGGGGCGACCCCAAUGAUCCCCUCAAAAAAAAUUCCAAGAACAGACCGAUCAAACUUAAGAAGGUCAGCUCUCAGGAGAUCCACAUUCUCCCAAUAAAGAAACAGCGUCUGGCUGCCUUUCUCCCCAGGAAGUGAGGGUACGGCCCUGGGACGUGGUGAGGGAGGGAGAGCAGCCCAGCAUUCGGAUUUCACAGACAUUCACGACAGCCUUGAAGGGUUUGAACAUGAACCAGGCUCUGGGACACUCUCCAAUCUGUCCAAACAAUUAAAGCCAGUCCAAGCAGUCUUUGGAACACUAGACAGGCACUUGACCCCUUUCAUUAUAACGUAAUCAGUGGCAUGAUUAGAGGGGCUGAGUCAACAACAUAGAGAAUGCAUCAAAGGAAAAGACACUCAAAGGGAAAGUUGUGACAGCAGCCAAACGAUAUACUACUGUAAGACUCACUUGAGGUCUCUUCCUGAAGCAUGUGCCUAACAAGCAUUUUCAUUUCAGUCACAUGUAACCAUGAAUUAUUCAUGAGGCUUAUCCCAGAGUUUAAUCUGACAUUAAUAUUCAUGUGGCUCCAUGCUGAAACAUAGCCAGCUGCCUCGAGCCACCAGCGGCGAAUUCCUCCAACGCCUCCAGACACACAACAUAUGAUAUUGCUGUAUCAAGGGAAAAUCCAUAUCACAUUUCUGUUCAACGCACAGUGUGUUCUAAUCUAAAUAUCCAUAUAACUUACCUUAUGUGGUUUUAUUUCUAUUGUGCUUAGGAGACGUGUAUGUGUGUGUUGGGGGAGGGGGGAUGUGGCCUUUAAACUUUACCCAUGGUGGGAAAUCGCCAUAUUAAUCAGUGGUUCAGUCAACCGGAGCAUCUUCUUUGAUGCGGAGCGGGUUUAGCAUGGCAGGCUAAUAAUGACUUGGCAGAGGCACAGGCCUCACUUUCAUUAACUUUAAUGAACAUCGGAAACGGCUGUCAGUGGCAACAAAGCACAGUUUUCAUCAUUUCAUCCUGAGGAAGGGAGAGGGGAAAAAAAUCCCUUUUCUUCACUGCCUUUAGGAAUUGAAACAAAAUCAUCUUCAAGGGCAGACUGCAGAAAACACAAAUGAUGAUUUGAUGAUGUGGGUGAGCCCUCUUCUGCAAAAGUUUUUUCAAACCCUCUCUCAUUAAGGCUCUUUUCUGGCAAAGUACAUUUUCAGAGAAUAAAAAUAGAGGUAUGACUGUUAAUUAAGCAGCAGGUUUCUCAUCAUACAUCCAGACCUUUACAACCACAGAUAUCACCACAUGAAUUUCAAGCUCUGACACAAAUGUUUCCUUGGCAACUGACAGAUAUUUGGCUUGACAGAAUACAAACUGGUCUGAAGACGGGGACAAAUGUUUUCACCUAUAAAAGUUAACAGACCAUAUGUGAAAACAGAAAUGUUGAUGGCCCUGACAACAUUUGCAAAAUGCAGUAUCUGGAAGUUGGCCGCAAAAGAACAAAAACCAAAUCUUGCGCAGUAUCCAGUUUUGCAGUACCCAGCAUCAAAGGUCUGUCUCUUGCACACUUUAACAAGACAUUGUGGUCUUUUUUUUGUUAUUCCCAGCUCCAUUGUAAUGUGUCCUUUAUUUCUCACAUGAGAAAAUGUGGUUGGAUGUGGUGUGUGUGUAGCCUAAGUGUGUCUGUGUGUAUGUAUCUGUGUCUGUAUGUCACUGUGUGAAUCAAAGAAGAUAGACGCUCAUGGUUGGAGACAAAAUGUCGGGGAUGGUGUCUCCUCCCAUCUAUGAAGUGGUAUUUCAUCCCUCAGUCUGUUUCCUCAUGGUUCUACUGUGUAAUCAUGGCGUCUUAUGAUCUCACAGGCUGAUGAGAGACUGAGUGUGUUUAUGUGAGCGUGUUAACCCAAGGCAGAAAGACGUUUCCAUGGCAGCCCACGCUGUAAUGAGAACUGACAUGUAAAUGUUGGCUUUAGGAAUACAGGGGGGGGGGGGGGGUUCAGCGAACUGGGAAGAACUUCAGAUGUUGUCCUCCAAAGAGUGGUCAUUCAAUAUCUGAAAUGAAUGGGUGUCUUUAUUUGAUAGCAGUUACAUAAUCUUGUGUUGCUGAACUGAGUACAUUUCAAAAUGGUCUCUUGUUUGGAACUGAAGGAUAAUGCACCAAUUUAGUAGCCUACCAACUUGUAUAAUGGAAUCUCACCUUUAACAGUAUGCUCCUAAGCUGGUAAGCUACUGUGCAAUGUGAAAUAAAAUGAUUUGAUGUAAGCUUUGGGUUCAUGAUUUCAACUCUUAGCCAACAAGAAGUUCUCGUUUGGCCUGGGGUGCACUGCCCAUCAUGUACAUAGUAUUGAAUGGCUAGGACUGAAAUUGCCUUACUGUGAAGUAUGGAAGACAAAAAGGCCAGUUAGUGGCAUUUUCGGUAAUUAAUAUAUGGACAUAAUAUACUAUGCUGAAGUGUCUAUGAAAAAAACAAACACCUUUUGCACUGUGGACUGAAAACCGAUGAGUGAUGGGUUAUGUAUGUUAUUUAUUUCUCUGCUUUGCAGAAAACUGAAUGAGAUGUGUCAUCGGAGAGCCCUUGAUGAUGGCAUGUCUGUACUACCAUGUUGAGUGAGUGAAUAGGCUAAAUUAAUUUCAUUUUUCUUGUUGGAUUCAUUGGUAAACGCAGCAUUGUGAGACUCUGUGGUACAAGUCCUUCUAUCUAAAUAAAAAAAACACAUCCACUAUGGGAACGGAGAUGAAUUUACACAAGGAAUCCACUGAUAUAAUGUUAACUUUUACAUGUAUGCAUUUGACAAUGCUGGUUUAGUGCGCUUACUAGUUCGGAUGUGUAACUUUUUACAGGGCAGUAAAAAGGAAACAAAAUGUGUCAGAGCUCAGUUAGAUCUGAGAGUUACGCUACACACUAUGCCAAAUCAGUUUCUCGACUAGGAAACAACACAAACUAAAUUAGCAGCAGAUUCCUUACUAUAUUUUGGCACAGACAUUGAACAAAAAAUGUCAAGAUACAAAAACAUUCCUUUUCACUACACAUAAAUGUUUUAAAGAAGGAAUCGCCCCACUUCAUAGUCUUUCGUCAGGUGGCAACUGUGGGCUUAAAACGGCUUGCCAUGCCAAGUACCUUUCCUCUUUAUUUUUGACAAACAUACACUGCGUCAGAGCCAUAUUUUCCUUUUAUUUUGCUUUGAGUAAGGAAGGAACAUUGAGACUGUUUGUAUGCUAUGUGAAUUUAUUUAUGUUUCAGGCUGAGUUGUCCUUGAUACUUGUUGUAAUGUACAAGACAUAUUUUGUAGGUAUUGGUAUUUAAGUACUGAAUGAGGAUUUUCUACAGGUAACCAGAAAUGAUGACUUUUUGUAAAUCAAUUAAGUGAAGCAAAAAAUGACUGAAAAAAUUAAAGGGUUUGGCAUCAUUGUUCUAUCUUUUUUAAUUUGUUCUAACUCUUAUGUUAAAAUGUGUUUGUCAGGGUGUCACCCUUUAAUUAUUCCAUAAUUAAAUAAUUGUACAAAAA